AUGUCUCUUCAAACUCCACUAUGCAGCCUCUUGAAUAUUCAGCAUCCUGUGCUGCUGGCAGGCAUGGCUCGUGCCUCGAGCGCCCCUCUCGCAGCGGCCGUCUCCAAUGCCGGUGGAUUAGGAACCGUGGGUGGCUUGGGAUACACACCGCAGCAACUAUCUGAAAUGCUCGUUGAACUCAAAUCCCUCCUCAGAGAGCCCAACCUUCCCUUCGGAGUGGACCUCGCCCUGCCACAAGUAGGCGGGGGCGCCCGCGCCACCAACCACGACUACACCCACGGCCAACUGGACGAAUUGAUCGAAGUCACCAUCAAGCACGGUGCAAAGCUGUUCGUCUCAGCUGUGGGUGUUCCGCCCGAGAAGACCAUCAAGCGUCUUCAUGAAGCGGGGAUCCUGGUGAUGAAUAUGGUCGGAGCCCCGAAACACGCAGAGAAGGCGCUCCAGCGCGGGGUGGAUAUCGUCUGCGCGCAAGGUGGAGAAGGUGGUGGCCAUACCGGCGAUAUCCCUUUCUCCGUCCUGAUCCCCGCUGUCGUUGAUGUCGCGCGAAAAUACCGUAGUCCCUUGACGGGACAGCCGGCGAUGGUGGUUGCCGCGGGUGGUGUCAACGAUGGUCGGAGCUUGGCCGCCUCGCUGAUGCUCGGCGCGGUUGGUGUCUGGGUUGGAACGCGGUUCGUCGCAUCCGAGGAGAGCGGUGCCAGUCGCAUGCAUAAAGAAGCCGUCGUCAAGGCGCAGUAUGGCGAAACCCGUCGAACCCUCGUCAUUUCGGGACGACCGCUACGAAUGCUGCCGAAUGACUACGUGAAGGAGUGGGAGAGCCGUCCGGCUGACAUUGCAGCCUUGACAGCCAAGGGUGUGGUGCCGAUGAUGCAUGACUUGGAAAAUGACAAGGAUGUCGAUGUGCCUUUCCUCAUGGGUGAUGUGUCGGCUAGCGUCAAAGAGAUCAAGCCCGCCGGUGACAUUGUCAGAGAGAUGGUUCAGCAGGCCAUUGAUGUAAUGAAGACCGGACAUGGCUUCAUUAAGGGCCAUGGAUCCUCAAGCAAGCUAUAG